GUGGCAGGCCGCGGGAGCUUGCUUCGGCGAGGUCUAACGGGAAAGCGUGACUUACUUUAAAUACCUCUAGAACACGAAGUUGGUGGGCGGGCGGGCCGGGGAAGGCGAGAGGGCGAUUUGAGGAAGUUCGAAAACUGAAACCGAAUGUAACGGACCGGAAGCACGGGACAGAUGGGGACGGCGUCGACGUUGACGAGCAGAUCAAGGCGAGGGUGCAGUGUCAACGCGUGACGACGGCAGAGCGACGUGCCGCGGGGGAACUGACGGACGGUGAGGGCAUCCGAGCAGAUCAAGGCGAGGGUGCAGUGUCAAUGCGUGACGACGGCAGAGCGACGUGCCGCGGGGGAACUGACGGACGGCGAGAGGGCAUCCGAGCGGAAUCAACACCGAUUCCGAGCGCGAGCCGCUGCCGUCACGUCAACCCCCCCUCCCCUCGAGUAAGGGCGAUUGAUUAGCAGCUGGUGGUCAGACGUGAAUGGUUGCUUCGCAUGCAGAAAGACGUAGAUCGUCGGGAAACGGCAUAUGCCGGACAUAUCUCUGGCGUGAUGGCAGCUCCGACAAGUGUCCGGGAGCUACAAAUCGGACCAACUCUCGUCGUCUGCUGCGAUACUUGCGAGUGUUGUCCCCAGCCUCAGCUCGAGCGGAUGCGGAGACCAGCUCAAGUCUGAAGCGGAUUGUUUCGACUGACGAAUCUUGCUAACUUUUCCAAAAAAAUUUGGCCAGAUUGCCUUCCUCGACAAUGCCUACUUCCGCUCAGAGUGUUCUGGCGGUGGCUUUGAUUUUGUUGGCAGCUGUGGUAGCGCAGGCGUUGCAGCAUCCACUACCCGAUGAGAGGAUUUAUGCCAGCGAUCCGUGGAAGCCUGCGAGAGGCGAUCCGCUCGGAGCAGGAGGAUUCGAGAGCUCGUUCAGAACGAUCAACAGACGGAGUCUGCUGAACUGCUUCGAUUUGAACCCGUAUGUGAAUAUGACAGUCGAUACAGCUGGCCCUCUCAGUGACACGCAGAAUGUGACCGUCUCCAUCUCUGGUGUUGUCAAUCCCAGCGACCACGAUUGGCUUGGUGUGGUGUCUCCAUCUAAUGCAAGUACCUCCAACUGUCCGGACGUUGCAGUUUUGAUAUUGGCGACUGGCGACACGUCGGAGCUUCCUCUGCUAUGUCACUACCCUGUGAAGUUUAAAUUACUCAAAGAAGAUCCUGGCUACCUCUCUUGCGCGUCAAGUCAAUGCCAAGUGCCGGGUUUAUUUGGCUCCUGUUUAGUCAAGACGUGCAGCGCUUCGAUCACUUUUCGGUUGAUCAACAUUAGAACGGACAUCAUGUUUGUGCUCUUCACAGGUGGUUUACAGGUUCCCUGCGUUGUCGACAAGGCUGGGCCCUUGCCAUUUGCUAAUCCCAAAGCGCCCUUGUAUGGACAUAUUUCGAGCAUAGAUUCUACUGGCACUUCAAUGCGAUUGACAUGGAUAAGCGGAGACGCAGCCCCUCAGACAGUUCAGUACGCUGAUGGGAGCACAGCGACCUCGACAGUUGGCACGUUCACAAAGAGCAACAUGUGUGAGCCAAGUGCAGCUUCCGACUUCGGGUGGCACGACCCUGGGUUCAUCCACACAGCCGUCAUGACAGGACUCUCACCGUCAACUCAAUAUUCGUACCAAUAUGGAAGCCAAGCGGUAGGACUCUCCCCUAGCACCAAUUUCAGCACCCCACCUGCAGCUGGGGACGAUGCGGUCACUCUCAUCAUCUUUGGAGAUAUGGGUAAAGCAGAGCGCGACGGUAGCUCAAUCCACUACAUACAGCCUGGAUCUAUAUCUGUGAUAGACGCGAUUACGACCGCCGUGUCAGGAGCAAAUGUUGAUUUUGUGUUCCACAUCGGAGACAUUAGCUAUGCAACUGGAUUCCUGGUUGAAUGGGAUAACUUUCUUGAACUUAUCCAACCAAUCGCGUCGCGGGUCCCUUACAUGACAGCCAUCGGAAAUCAUGAAAGGGAUCAUCCACUUUCAGGUUCCUACUACAGCGGAACUGACUCUGGCGGAGAGUGCGGCAUUCUAUAUUAUAAUUACUUUCAAAUGCCCACUCCAGCCCAGGACAAACCGUGGUACUCACUGGAAUCCGGCCCAAUUCAUUUCACUGUCGUCUCGACUGAACACGACUGGAAAGCUGGCUCGGAACAGUAUAUGUGGAUUCAGGCUGAUUUGGCGUCUGUCAACCGCACACGUACACCAUGGGUGGUAUACACUGGGCAUCGCCCCAUGUAUUCGUCAUAUGACAGCGUCCUCAACGCUAUUCUACCUGCUGUAGAUACAGAAUAUACUGAUGCGAUAGAACCCCUGCUUCUGGCAGGAAAGGUUGAUUUGGUUCUAGCGGGGCACGUGCAUAACUACGAGCGGCUGUGUGCUGUCUAUCAAGGCAAAUGCUUGGUUAAUUCCACGAAAGACACCACGGGACUUGAUACCUACAAUUUCACAACUUACGCUGCACCCGUUCAAGCAGUGAUUGGCAUGUCUGGCUUCCAACUAGAUGGCUUCAAAUCGCAGGUGGAUGUGUGGAGUAAAGUCCGCAUUUCUGAGUAUGGUUACGUUGGAAUUCAAGCAACACGUCAAAAGCUUUUAUUUGAGUUUAUGUUUGUCAACAUGACUGUGGGAGACUCCUUCGCCAUUGUGAAGUGAGCUGUAUACUAUAUGAUCGCCUAGGUAGCGAAAUCAUGUACAAUUACAAGGAAAAGUUACAUACGGAGGUUUAUCACCGCGAGUAUGCAAACACACAACCAUACAUCAACAAACCAACCGCAUGCUCGGCACAGAUUUUUUGCUCAGUGAGUCAGAUGGAGCAGAACUUGAACGAGGAUACCUAUGCCACAACCUUUUCAUCGUAACUCGUACAGACGACGGGACAAGUGAACAAUGUCCUGCUUGUGAGCACAAUUUGUGCAGUCUGCUUCGCUCCAGCUGAAAUGAAUCACCUGAGAUAAUUGUAUAGUGGAAUGCUGGAUGAUGUAUAGGUAUGUGGCAGCAACAAUCAGGUCUCCAAAGGUUUUGUCUGUUCGUUGAAAUUCUCACUUUUUAAAACUUUUUUUGGUAGUCAGAAACAGAGGGAUGUAUCGAUCGAUCGAUUACGUGUAUAGUGGUACAAUUGUGGAAUAAUCAGUGGAAUGUACGUGCUGCGUACUUGCCUUGACAUGGUACCGACGGUUUAAAAUUAAAUCGAGGUAUCGGUGUAAAAAUUUCUCUUUACAAAAUCAAUGGAAAAAAGUCUCUUGC